UUCCAAGAUGGCGGCCGGAAGGAGUGAAUGUGAUAAAGAUAUUAAAUUGAUAGAAAAAUGUCCCAAAGACAGUUUACCCAAGGUAAAUCAAUUAUAUAAAAACUCUAAAACUAUAAUUAUAUAAAUGAGGAACGAUUUUGAUACAUGUUUUUACAUAAUUAACAUUUCAAUGGGGCGUUAAUAGGCAUACAUGAUACACUGUCGAGACAGAUUGACAGUCGAGUGACUGCCGCUGAUGAACUAGACUAGAGAGUGCCCCUGAUGAACUACAUACAUUCCACAUUACAUACAGAUGAUUUAAUGAAAUUCGGCAACUACCAGCAAAAAUACAACAAGUAGUAGUUGUAGCACCAGGGAAUACACCACAGGUUGAGGUUACCUCAAUUAUGGCAACCCCUUAAUUACAUAAUUACAUUAUAGCUUUAAUAAGGAACAAUCUAGACAGUAUAAAAAACUUAAAAAAUGACAUGAGACAACUAACAAAUCUUAAAAUACCAUCCAGCAGGGUGCGAAAUAACAGCUGAACGGUCGCCGGUCAAGGUGACCAACCAACUCAAUUUUAGCUCGGACAUACCGAAUUUCUGGCCGGUCAAAUUAUUCAGCUUAAAGCAAAGCUUACCAAAAUUAUUCAGCUUAAAGCAAAGCUUACCAAAAUUAUUCAGCUCAAAGCAAAGUAUACCACUAAAAAUCUGACUAUUUUCCCAGUAUAGCAUUACAAAAAGCCUUACUGUAAUCAGUAAUUAAAAAGUUCUUCACAUAAAACAGCUUGCACUGCGCUAAAAGCGUCCUUAUCUCUUAAGCCAAAAGCAUGACCAUGCAUGGGUUUUGUGAUGUACUGCGUGGGAAAGCUGGCGUACAUUGAAGUUCUUUUCCUGCAAAACAUUCGACAACAUGUUAUUACGGUUCUUAAUUAUAAUACUUGACAACUUUAUUUUGAUUAUUAAUUAAAAUCAAGAUUAUAUAUAUAGUUUGUUCUUUUACCGAAAGUGACCAGUCAAAAUGACUGGCAAGGUAAGAAUUUGGCCAGACAACUCCGCAUUCUGGCCGGACAUUGUCCGUUGACCGGCCGUUAUUUCGCGCCCUGUCCAGGUACCUGGCCCUGAGAUGAUCAGAUCAGAGGAUUUUAAGUUACCGGCCAUGCUCAUCAGCUUGUCACGCUUGUGAGAAAAAAUAUGCGCACUUGACAAAUAAAAUAUCUAGUCCAUCGGUUUAUACUUCUCUUAUUUUUGUAGUAUUUCCUGUUUAUUAUUCAACUAAAUAAGUCAAAGUUUUCUGCCACCACAUGUUUUUUGCCUAAAUGCAACUCAAAUGAAUCAAGGAUGUUGUAUGUCAUGUUUACUGGCCCAUUUACUAGGGUUGGGCGAUAUAUUUUGAUUUAUUGCGAUAUUUUCAUUCGCGAUUAUCGUAUUGAAGGUAGAAACUUGAGCGACGAUAUAUUGAAAUUAUUGUCAUGCUCGUUGACUAUCGUGAUAUUGCUUUGCAUGUGUACAUAGCUUUUAUAAAAAUCCUAAAAAAUUCCUUCAAUUCCUAGAAAAUAUAGUUUUUAAAAGAAUUAAAACUAUUUCCUGAAUUAAAUACAAAUUUAAUAUGAUAUAUUGGUUAAUCCUUGUGGUUUUGGUCACCAAUAUACCAUUCUAACUUUUAUACAGUACAUCCUAAUUAUCCCUACUUAUCACUGGUAAUCUAGUACUCCUUGGUAAACUUGUAAUUAAUCCUUGGUAAUCUAGUAAUCGUUGGUAAUCUAGUAAUCAUUGGUAAGUUAUAGUAAGAGUUGGUAAUUAGUAAUCCUUGGUAAACUAUUAAUUAUUGGUAAGUUAGUAAGCCUUGGUAAUCUAGUACUCCUUGGUAAACUAGUAAUUAAUCCUUGGUAAUCUAGUAAUCAUUGGUAAGUCAGUAAUCCUUGGUAAGUUAGUAAGCCUUGGUAAGUUAGUAAGCCGUGGUAAGUUAGUAAGCCGCUGAACAGUGAAAUUGCAGGCUUUGCUUGAGCUGUGUGCCAUGGCAUUUGUGCCUGCGGAGACACAGUAGACACUGCAUAGACAGUUCUGGUUUAUGAACAGUAAAUAUUAGACUAGAAAAAGCCUUCAUUAAUUACUUUAAUUUGUUGUUUUACUUGUUUUUAAUAAGAUUAUAUAUAAGCUUACUACUGUAUGCUUUGAUAUUACAUGUUCCAUAUCUUUUGUCAAAUGCAUAUACUGUAACAUAGCCUUUUAAAUAUUUUUUAGUAUAGUUUUUCAUUAUCUUUUCUUCCUGUGGGGUCUUGGGUUUAGAUUUGUCACAUUCUAUUAUUUUUUAAAUCGAACAUUCUGUGGAUAAAAUCCUAAUGUACCACAGAAUGCCAGUGCGGCAAUAAGUAAGGAACGGUUUAUCAAAUUGUACAAGGAUUUGGUAUGUAAUGGCAAAUUCCAAAAUUUAUUAUAAGUUUUAAUUGCAGGUGUAUGUACCACAGAAUAUUACAGUACCACAGAAUACCAGUUUUUUAUUUCUCUUACAUAUACUUUAUUUUUGUGAAUAUAUAUUAGUUUUAGUCAUAUAUUAUAUAAAAACGAAAAAUGGAUAUUUUCAUAAAAUUCUUAAAAAUAAUCGGGAUAAAUAACAAAUAAAAUUCCUUAUUUUUGGCACUUUUUUCUGCUUAAUACCCGUAAAAUCAGAAAGUUUGAAAAUAAGUUCGCAAAACAACAUGAUUUACAUUCAUCAACAGUUUUCUAAGCGAUACAACAUUUUUAGUAUUCAGGAAUCCCACUGAGUAAUCAAAUUUACUAUUUCAAUUUUUCAAAAUUAUUGGUAAAUCUAAUAUACUGUGGUAUAUACCACCAGUAUUCUGUAGUGAUUUUAAUAUUUUUACCUUCCACUAAAUUAAGUUAGCAAUAUCUGUACAGUGUUAUCACACAACAUGACUGUUCCUAUUACCCAUUAAGUUAAUUACGUUGCGCGCCAAUGUGCUCUGACUUUUAUUAUUAGUUUACUCUAGCUAAUGCCAGACAAUUUUUCAUAUCAAGAAGAGAGUGCUGGUGCUCAGUGGGCUAAACAGCUGUCUGCCAACAUUGUUUAUGCCAGAUAUCUUAAGUCUGUGAUAUUAUAUACCAGCAGGUUUAACCCUGUAUCCAACAUAUCUAUGGGAAAAGUGGACUUAUUAGUCUGGAAUAAAGACAUAAUUGUAAUUGAAAACUACAAUCUUUGACAAUAUAUAUUGGGACAAUGUAGUUUUCACAUGCACUCGGUUGUAUUAUACCAUUUCUUGAUAAUUUUUGCCACCCGGCCUCCCUCCCCCCACCCGUUUCAAUGUUGGUGUCUCGCAACCAGACAUCAGAUUUUUGUCAGCCCAACAUUGAACUGGGGGAACGGGCGUUUCAAAUUAUGUGAAAUUACAACACAUGUCCCAUAGUUUUUUUGUCAAAGAUUGUUUGUUAAAAGGUUGAACUUAUAGUCAUCAUUUUGUUGAAUACGGAGAAUUUCUGCGUACUGCAUGUAUAAGACAAUAGCGAUGAGCUUAUAACGCCCUGGCUAAAUCUAGUACGCCGACGUGACAAAAAGACAGUUACUUAGUAUGCUUUUCUUUUGGAUUUGUUACCAGUUUAUUUUUCCCUGUAAUAAUAAUAAUAAUCAUUAAUAGCAUUUCCACAAAGUGGCUUUUCUAUGCUACAAGUGAGUUUGAUUAUACUGUAAGAUAACAAAGUAUACAAUACAUACAACAGAGUACGUAAUACGACACAACAAGUAUUAUAAUACGUAGUUUAAAAUAAUCCAUAUUUUUCCUGUGUUACUGAUGCUGCGAAUUUAGGGUGUGUUUUUUUUGUCACGUCCAUGUACUAGAUUUACCACAUCUUAAGCUCUCUAUUGUUUGCAUAUGCGUGUCUUAAGAAAUAGCUAAAAACCGUCUGGAACAUCACAUGUAUUCAAAGUCAGUUUUACAUGUUUGCAGUGCUAGAUUUUAGUAAGAAUUCAUUAAAAUCCAUGUCUAUGGUGGCGGUAUUGGGGCUCUAUUUCCAGAAAAUUGAUAACUGAACUAUCUAGCUUGUUAACAUAAAUUAAGCGCCUAUGUGAUAAUGAGAUCAAUAUACAAACGAUUCUCACCACGAAUUUUCACGGGCCUUACAUGCUAUAAAAGCCUUAAUAGCAGACAAUAUCAAACAAAUUCACCCUGUAUAUAGAUGCAUUUAAAGUCCUACAUAUUUUAUAACAUAGCACGAUUUUACAAGUUUUCGUAACGAACUGACUAAGAUAAGAAUGAUUUUCCAAGAACGAUUCUCAUUUUCUGUCCUAAAAUAUCCAGUGAGAUAUAGGUUUAUUUACGGUUUUGUAGUGACAUCGUUCAAAAAUGAACUUAAAAAGGAUAUCUGCAAAGUUAACCGAUUGUAAUUAAUUGUAAAAUAGUUUUCUAGUACCCAUAUGGAUAUAAAAGGACAGCGUUUUAGACUGAGAAUCAUUAGUGAGCAUCGUGUAAUAUGAGACCUAUGUAAUUUGAUGACUGACUGUUUUAUGAAUUGUGCUAUUACUGCUAUAUGAAAACAAUGCAUAUUUAUUUGUCUUUCUCCGCAUUUUGAAAUGUUGCGAAAUGAGCUGUAAACGUACUCGACCCGCAAAUCGAUCAUUUCUGAAUAUGCACUUCCGUUCCAGGUUCGUCUUAAUGAUGACUUCUUGUAUCAGUACAAGGACAGCAUAUAACUUUUUGAGUACAUUUCUCCGGAUUUUUGACAAGGAAGAGAGCGAUGAUGAUAAUAGACGUGAAUAUAAAUAUGUUUAUUAAGCAUUAUAGUACAACACGUAACUAUUGGUAUAUAAAAUGUUAAAAAUAAAUCCCCCCGUAUGAAUGGUGUGGGCGGUGUAUACUGAGAACUUAGACUAUUUAAGUACCAAAUUCCUAGCACCAUUGGUCACCACCAAGACUUAAUUAAAGAUUGUAGAUAAUUCCUGACUGGGAAGUUAGUUCUCUGAGGAACUUGCCCUUUCCUUUACAGUUCCUGAUCUUCCUGGUGCAUAUCUGCAAAUCAUAGUUUUUUCCAACUUGUUUCUCUGUGCAGUUUGUGUAUCAGAUAAGCUAACUCCCUGACUGCAAAACGGUUUCCAAAGGCAUAUAAAGUUGCAGUCAGGAGCACAAAUGUGAGACAAGUUGAAAAUCGUUUUUUAACCCAUUAAGUUGCAUUAGUGUGCCCCAUUUUAUUAUUUUAUUAUGGCUAAUGCCAGAUGAUUUUACUUAUCAAGGGGAGAGUGCUGGUGCUCAAUGGGUUAAGCAAUUUCCAAGGGUGGCCCUGCCUGCGUGCCCCUAGAUUGUAGUUUGUAAGACAAAUAUAUAAUAAAUACUGUAGAAUAAGUAGAAUAAUGAAGCACAUUAUCUUUUUGAUGAUAUAUUCAUUAGGUAAUACAUGGUUUCCUUGAUGAAAUAUGUGGACAAAAUGUACUUCGAUUUCACGACUUUAGCAAAGUUUGGAGUAUAGAGGAAUGGAAACAGUUGAAAUCUAGUUGGUCGUCAUGUCUAAGAUUAUUUAUUAAAGAUAAUUUAUCUGUCGAAAAUGUAAGUUUAAGUGUGGUAUGCUUAGGUGUCUUCUUAGUAAUGGCACUAAUUUACUGUAUAUCUGCAGCACAAAGUUGUCAGUAAAUAUAUCAUAUAAUCAUUUAUAAUAUAGCAUUUAUAAAUUCGGAACGCUGAUUGGCUAUUAAGAGCCGUGUUGAUAUAACUCAAUGUCAAGACGGAAAAUUUCUUUCUUUAUAUUUCUUUCCACGCAAUUUCUCGUUUUCCCAAUUUCCACUCGUGUUGAUAUAACUGUAUAUGAACACGGAAAAUGUUUUAUAUUUGUUAAGUAGAACAUGAAAACGACAAUUUUGAGUCCUUUAAGGUGGCUCCCUACAGUUUUCAUUGUACAGCACACAAUUGUAUUUAAAAAAACCAUUAUUUUAUCAUCUUGCAAAGUAUGAUCACGAAACUUGGCCACAUAACUGCUACAAUAUCGCGAAUCACGAAAAAUUAAAAAUGUCGUUAAAAAUCCCAGUUGCCAUGGUAACAAAGCGAUUUUAAAAAGGGCCAAUUUGCAGAUUCUAUGAUACUUUUUGGGAAAUUUCUUCGGUAAAACUUUUUAAUUUUUUCAAAAAGCCCUGUUUUUGGAAUAAAAAAAUUCGGCUCGUACGAUUUUCUUAAAACUUGCACAUUUUACGCAAUUCAAGAUUACAGGAAAGUGUGUGAAGUUUUAAAAAUUUUUACCGAAGGAAACACGAGAAAAAUACAUUUAUUUUUAUCUGUGUGACGUCACAAAAAUCAGGAUUUCAAUUUCCUUGCGUGACCAGCCGACAAUCCCACGAAGGCUCGCGCGUGUAUAUCACGACGCAAUUUUACCCCCACGCGUGCAACGUCGACCACGCGUGUAGCACUACUAAUCUCGCGCGUGGACAAAAUUUCCGCGACACAGACCUAAAACUGUAGGGAGCCACCUCAAACAAUUAAACAGAUACCAUUUUGUACUAUAAUAUCUAUUUCAAUUUACUUGUAAUGAUUACUUUUUAACUGUGAUAAGUUUUAGGUGUGCAUGAUUUUUAAACUGCAUGGGGCUUUCUAUUUUUUCUCUUUAGAUUGAAAAACAAUUAGACCAAUUUUCAAUAUCAAAAGAUAUCCAAAAGAUAGUAAGUGAAUGUCUUAGGCCUAGAAAAGAUGAAAUUAGAUUGGCGCUUAUUGAAGAAACAUGUAAUCUUUCUCAAGCAAUAUUGAAAGAUUUUGACUGGAAACUAAAAGUAAGUACUGUACAGGUCCGAUUUUGCACAGGGAAAUUUUGCUCUAAUUUGCAACACAAUUUUCAGACACAAAAAAGAUGUUUUGUGUUGCAAUGCUAACUAUAGUAUUGUCACUGCAGUGUAACAUGGUCUUAAGUUAUAAGGUAUACUAUUCAUGCAGAGCGAUACAUUGUAUUAACAAUUUAUGACCAUUUCCAGCUCAUCAUGGCAACAGAUAAACUAGCAAAUAUGAGAGAACCUGUAUUAUCACUUGAUCUUGAUAUUAAAGAAAAAACUGGGAUGAAACAAGUCUCAGUCGAAUUAAGUAAAGAUGAAUUAAAGGAACUUAUUACUUCGUUAGAAGCAGCUAAUAAGGUAUCACAUUAAAUUAUUUAUUUGGUGCAUUUGUUACUCAUUUGCAGUGGUGCAUAAAUUAGUUUGAAUUUGUACUCGAGUAAAAGUAGAAGUAAUUAACAGCAAAACGACUUGAGUAAGAGUAAAAAGUACUGGAGGCAAAGCGUACUUAAGUAUAAAGUACAAAGUAUCCUUUAAAAAUACUUGAAGUAAAAAGUAAAAGUACUAUUAAAAAAAUAGUACUCAAGUACAGUAAUAGACUUGCUCCAAGUCUCUCUUUCUCAGUCAAUUUUGUCAUAUAGUAUCGAUCCACUAUAGUGUACAUUACAUGAUGUAGCACGGAGAGGCGGAGCGAGAAAGAGAGACUUGUCAACUUCGGAAAAUCUCGGUUCAAAACUGAACCGAAAAUAUGCAAGACUUGCUUUAAUUGUUUUCCUUCAAUUUCUUUCUGUAUAAUCUACUAUAAUGGAACUCAUGUUAUUUACACUGUGCUAGAUCAAUGCCGUUUUUGUGACGUAAUUAGAUAAGAAGGGCAAGGAAAUAUGUUUAGGUUGAGCAUGCAUGAGCACAGCAAAAACGUUUGUUUAACUUUAUCAUUUAAUGAAAUAUUUUAGUUGGCCUAAUCAUGUUCAGGUGUCUUAGACUUGGUCUGAUAAUUCAUGUCUUUCGUUUUAGGUGGUACUGCAACUGAAAGGCUAGAUUCAUGGCAACCGAAAAUUUUUAAAUGAUGUUUGCAAGCAUCAUUUAGUGACAUUCAAACUUUAGCUAGAGUAUUUGUAAAUUAAGAUGAAAUUUCAUUCUGCUUUUUACCAUCCAAGCUAGCUGUAAUAAUUAAUACCUAUAAAUAUCAAUAAUGCUAACAUCAUCAUGAUUGCCCAACAUUCGUUAAAUUUAAAUUAUAUUUUUGAAACUAAACACACAUGAAUAAGCAAGGAUAAAAGACAUGACACAUGAAAAUGUAUAAUCAACUUUUUGUGAACAAUAAACCUGUAUACAAAUACCGUCAGCCUAUCUAUUACCACCGGAUACCGGUCAGGGGUAAUAACCAGAUACCGGACUACUUCACUAUAUUUUUUUCCAUAAAUGCAUAAUGUAGUCCAUUGUAAUUGUUUUAUCAUGUGCGUUACGUUCUGUGCCUGUGGCAAAAUGGUCGGCAGUAAAUAAUUUACAUCACGAAAACAUUUUCUGCACGCCCAUUAAAAUUUCUUAUAAACAUUACAAAAAAGACAAAGAAAACAUCUUUCAGGUUUCAUUGUUCUAAUAAAAGUUCUAGUACUAUUCAGUAAAUAUGGAAUGCCGGAAUUUCGAUGGCAAGGUGCAAGACAGAUCGGUUUAAGAAAUCAUAAUAAUAAUACAAUACGCAUGCUAACUUGCAUCCAGCAUAGUAUUUAUUGUAUUAGUAUUAACAGUAUUCUUGGGUUUCAUAUGACGUCACAGAAGUGACGGGGGGUCAACUCUAAAACAUAACAUAGUUAUCAGAGUGAGUCGAUUGCUCGUUUUAUGUAUUAGCCUUGUGUUUGGUGACAAAUACAUGGAAUUUCGUAUCAUUUUCUUACUCCAUUACAGCAUGAGCAUCAAUACAUUUGAGGUUGACCCCCCCGUCAGAUUCACUGCAUAAUGCCGUAGUGAAACCCAAGAAUAUUCUAGAUAAAUUAAUAAACGUAAUUGAGAUAAAUUUAGUAUUUUCUAGAUAAUUAUAGACAUUGUACCUUAUGUAAAAGACUAAAAGUAUUCAGUGUAAUUCUGUCUUUGACUGCAAAACUGUGAUACAUUUUGAAUAAACGAUUAUGUAGACCAGUAUACUGUUACUAACGAGAAGUAAUGACUUCGUCGCGACACUCUUUAAUAUAAAUCAUUAAAUUCGCCUUUUAUGUUUCUUUAUUGCUCCAUUUGGACCUAGAACCCGCAGUGAAUGUAAUUUAUACGAUGAAAGCCGGUGCGUGCUUCCGGUUCCGCCCUGCUUUCUUUAUUUCUUCGCAAAUGG